GAGAAAUUCAACCUUUUGAUGACGGCCAGCAAUUCGACUUUUCAGAAGCUUCUUGUCGAAUAAUUAAUUAUUCGAUUUAACCUCCAAGUCACCCCCCUUCCCCCACUCCAUUACUUAUAUAUAUAGCUUUGAUUGAUGCUCUUCACAUUUCGGUAGCCCAUCUGGAUCAUCUUCCAUUUCAUUCUCUCUUUCAUACAACACACAAACGAAUUUUCAUUUCAUACAGUCAAUCAAAUCAUUCCGAGGAUACGAUUUCUGAUAUGGCGGCUAGGCUUAUGAAGGCUCUUCAAUACAGUUCUCAUGGAGGGGGAGCUGCUGCUUUGAAGCAUGUUGAAGUUCCAGUCCCAACACCUGAUAAAUUUGAGGUAUUGCUCAAGAUGGAAGCGACAAGUUUAAACCCCAUCGACUGGAAAAUACAACAAGGAGGCAUUCCUUUCUUUCCUCGCAAGUACCCUCACAUUCCUGCAACUGAUAUUGCGGGAGAGGUUGUGGAAGUUGGACCUGGAGUAAAAGAUUUCAAAGUUGGUGACAAAGUUGUGGGCUAUCGUCCUAAUUUCAGUGGUGGCGGGUUAGCUGAGUAUGUCGUCACUAAGGAGAACUUCACAGCUGCUAGGCCCUCUGAAGUAUCAGCUGCUGAAGGGGCAUGCCUCCCUGUCGCUGGGCUAACAGCACAUAAAGCUCUUACUACCGCUGAUGUCAAACUUGAUGGCUGUGGCCCUCAGAAGAACGUUCUAGUCACUGCCGCAUCAGGUGGUGUGGGUCAUUAUGCUGUUCAGUUGGCAAAACUCGGGAACAAUCACGUCACGGCCACCUGUGGAGCUCGAAAUGUCGAGUUGGUGAAGAGCUUAGGGGCAGAUGAGGUCCUUGAUUACAAGACUCCAGAAGGGGCUGCUUUGAAGAGUCCAUCAGGGAAGAAAUACGACGCGGUGAUCAAUUGUGCAUCGGGCAUUUCCUGGUCGACUUUCCAACCCAACUUGGCGGCUGAGGCAAAGGUCAUUGCUCUGGAUACCACACCAAAGGCCUUCUGGACCUAUGCUGUGAAGAAACUUACUUUUUCUAAGCAACAACUGAUACCGAUAUUCUCAUCGCCAAAUCGCGAGGGCAUGGAAUUUCUGAUUAAGUGUGCAAAAGAAGGGAAACUGAAGACUGUAAUUGACUCCAAAUACCCUCUGAGCAAAGCUGAAGAUGCUUGGCAAAGGAGUAUGGAUGGUCAUGCUACUGGGAAGAUAGUUGUGGAGCCAUGAAAAACUUACGCUGGGGGUGUGAACUGUGGAUUAUUGCGGAAUUCGAGUGCUUCCAUGUAAAUGUGUGAGUGGAAGAGUAAUAAUAUAUUAUAGAAGAAAUAUGCUUGUGCUGUUCAUCUCCAUAAGCUUAUAUAUAUACAGUAUAUAUAAAGCUUAAUAGGAGUUUAUUAUGUAUGUUAAUGAGCGGUGUUUUUUUCAAUUAUUAAAAAAAAAAAGUCUUCCUUUCAGGUUA